AUGUAUCCGACCCAACAUUUCUCAGUUCUCCAAAGGGAGUAUAUGCUAUCGGGAGAUCAUAAGUAUUUUCAUAACUCCGACCUUCAUGAAGCUUCCCUUCGGUUCCUAUUGCUCAGACAGGAAGGCUACUUUGUUCCGGCAGGAGUGUUCAACAGGCUCAAAGACAAGGAAGGAAGUUUCAGACAUGAACUGCAGGACAUCAAGGGAUUGAUCGAAUUAUACGAAGCUUCACAACUGGAAAUGGAAGGUGAAGAUAUUCUUGAUGAAGCCAAAGAAUUUAGCUCCAAGAACCUGAGAAAAUGGCAAAAUGCAAAGGGGGACUAUAUUUCUAAUACACUGGACCAACCUUUUCAUAAAAGCCUGCCGAGAUUGAAAGCUAGAAAGUUGCUAACCAGUGAUUUAAAAGCCACAAAAGUAUGGUUAAACAUCCUCCAAGAUGUAGCCAAAAUGGAUUUCAAUCUAGUUCAGUCCUUGCAUCAGAAAGAAAUAGCUCAUGUUUCCAAAAUCGACUCUUUAAGGAAGGCGUGGAAAAUCUUGUUCCAAGCGUUUUUGGUAGAAGCAAGAUGGUUUGGUUCAGGGAAGUCCCCAACGACUAAGGAGUAUUUGGAGAAUGGAAUCAUUAGCUCCGGUGUACAUAUAGUUUUGGUUCACAUCUUCUUCCUCCUUGGCCUCGGCUCAACUGUUCGAGAAGUCGAAAUGAUCGACAAUCCAUCAAUCAUCUCCACCACUGGUGCAAUACUUCGCCUCUGGGAUGAUUUAGGAAGUGCCAAGGAUGAGAACCAAGACGGGCACGAUGGAUCCUACAUCGAUUGCUACAUGAAAGAACACCAAGGGAUCAAGAUCGAAAGCGCUAGGCAACAUGUUAUGGAUAUGAUUUCCGAUGCAUGGAAAGUCCUAAACCGACAAUGUCUUUCCCGAGAAUCAUUUUCCAUGCCCUUCUGCAAGGCUUCCCUGAAUAUUGCAAGGAUGGUUCCUUUGAUGUAUUGUUACGACGAAAACCAACAUCUUCCAAGCUUGGACGAGUACAUGAAGUCCCUACUCUAUCAAAGUAUACCUAUGUGA